AUGGGCACUGGAGAAGGACAGGUGGAGGCUUUUCUAGAAACUCCCAUCGAAAGCCUAACGGUGGUAGAAGGUCAGGAUCUGGACUUGCAUUGUGUGGUGGCUGGAGACAACACAUCUGCUCUGCAGUGGUCCAACCCUCGCUGGUUCGUGAUUUUUCUCGACCGCCAACUAGGUUUAAAGGAUAAGAGAUAUAAGCUUAUUAAUUCGUCAAAGGACCAGUUGUCAGUUCGCAUCUCCAACGUCACAACAGAUGAUGAAGGACCAUACACAUGUUACCAUUACGGUGCAACAGUCACAACCAAGCAAGUGAAUGUCACCGUUUUAGCUGCUCCCUCCAAACCUCUGCUGGAAGAACUGACAACCAGAGUCCACAGUGGAGAAGAAAAGAUUGUCUUAAGGUGCUCCACUUGGGGGAGCAAGCCACCUCCUCAGAUAACAUGGCUGCUGGACAAUGGGAUGGAACUCUUUGGUGACACCCAACAUCAGUGUGAAGACAACGGCAAGAAGUGCAACACAACCAGCACCCUGACAGUCCAUACUUUCAGCCAGAAGUCUACUAUGACUUGUGUUGUUCGCCACAAAGCUCUGGGAAGUGGAAAUUUAACCGCAGCUGUCCAUCUUAGCCAUAUCCAGUCUACUACAGACAUCAUUCCAACUACAUCUGAAUUUGGUACGACAAGCUUGAAGAAUCCUUGGCAUCACACAGACAACGUAUUAAAUGUAACAGAAGGAAACUUCGGGAUGCAAAGGCCGUCCCCGAGCAGCGAAGCGGACACUCCAAACUCUGCCACCACCAACGGAGCAGGCAAUGUAUUCAACAUAACGCAAGGAAGCUCCAAAACAGAAGCAACACCCACCAGCGGCAAAGCAGGAGCUCUGAACUUUACUGCCACCAACAGAACGAACCUUACCCAUGAAGGAAUCGUGAAGAAGCCCAGCAAGUUAUUACCGAUCCUUGUGGCCACGCUACUUUCAAUUCUGUUUGUUGCAGUCCUGCUUUUCGUGGUGAAACUGUGGAAAGCACACAGAGAGUGGAAGAGAGAAAACGAUUCUUCAGACCUGACACUGGAGAGCUACAAAGCCAGGCCUAAUGAAGACAAUCACGUGCAGGAGAAUAAACAUGAUUUCAACUGUUUGGGUCUACCAUCCACUGUCCUGGCCUUGAUGCUAGUGAAUUCGUAA